AUGCUCCAGUUCCUGGGCCGGGUUUCGGGGGGUCUGGGCGUGUGGCCGGGUCCCCGCGGCGCCCGCUCGUCGCCUGUCGGGGUGGGCUGCGGGGUUUGGUGUCUGCCGGGCCCAAGCCCCUUGGCCAGUACUUGUGCAGUCGUCCGAGUCCCUCAGACCUGGAGGUGUCAGCGGGCAUUUUCACAGCCACUUCUGUGCCGUCCCGGCAGGCAGUGGGUGAUCCUCGUGUUAAAGCUUUUGGGGCCCCAGGGGCUUGGUAGGCUCCCCUGUCCUGCCCCCACACCCCAGCCGGCCCUGCUGCUUGGAUUUACUUUUGGCAACGUGGUUGGAAUGUAUCUGGCUCAGAACUAUGACAUACCAAACCUGGCUAAAAAACUAGAAGAAAUUAAAAAGGACUUGGAUGCCAAGAAGAAACCCCCUAGUUCAUGAGGCGGACUCCAGCACUGCCUUCUGGAUAUACGGAUUCUGCUGUUCUUGAGGGCCUCCUUACCAUUUGAACCAAAAGCUUUUGUUUUGAAUUCCAGCCUCAACAAUUUUCCUGUUAGAUCCUACGUCGCUUGAGAGCAUAGAUGGGGCCACAAGUUAAGAACCACCCUUUUCCAACUUCCUCACCUCAUCCCUUCCUCCUUCCAGCCACUUGAGACGGCCUAAGACUGGAAUUAUGGUGCUAGAUUAGUAAAUGUGACCUUUAAUUUGUAGUCUCUCCUUUAUUCUUGGAAUUUCUACUCUUUUCUAAAGAAAAAUUGAUGAGUUUUAUAUAGCCGAUCAGACAUAAAUAAUGCUGAUUACACGGCUUAGCGAUUAUAAUGGGUGUUUUAAACAUUUGGUACUAAAUUAUGUCGUUUUAAAGUCAUUAAAAUUAAAGCCCAGAAGCCAGUUACUCCGGAAUUAUCCACUUAUUAUAUACUGUUGUCAGACAGCUCCAUAAGUGCUAAUUUAAUCAGUAAAUCAAUUUACUACUCAUUAACUGAGAAACUGUAUUCUGAGAACCCUGUCAGGAACUAGGGAGUUAGUUUAAAAAUGUAAAAUAAUGGCCCUUAUCCUCCGUAGAAUUCAUAGUCUAGUAUGCAUGUUUUUCCUUAAUCGUGUCUUUGAUUUGGCUCUUUUCCCUCAAAAGAAUCCUACUUAUCUUAGGGCAUUAUAGGUGCAUUUGACGUUACAUGAUGGAUAAAUGACAAGUUGUAAAGGAAAUUUUAUGCCUCUUGACAUUAAAAAUGUAUUUACAUUAUACCUUUAUAGUGAUUCUCAUGAGAAA